UCGGGCGAGAAGCGGGAACAGGCCGAGCGGCUGCUGGGCUUCCAGAACCGCCGGGGGGGCCGCAUCCUCCUGCAAGCCAUCCAGAAACCGGAGCAGGACGAGUGGGGGAACGGGGCGGCCGCCAUGGACUUCGCCCUGAAGCUGGAGAAAACCGUCAACCAGGCGCUGCUGGACCUGCACAAGGUGGCCAUGAGCCACGCGGACCCCCACAUGUGCGAUUUCCUGGAGACCCACUACCUGGACGAG